UGCGCCAGCUGCUACAGUAGUGACUAGUCAUCUAAAAUUAUACACUAUACAGUUUCAGGUUUCUGGAGAAUUUUCUUUUUUGAAAUUGAAGUUUGAUUGCAGAUUUGCUGUGCAUAGCGUCGUUAUUCAAUAUUCAUUAUUGACGACUGACGAGCAAUAAAUGGAGGUGUGAUGUGUGUGUGACGGUAUGAUCUGUGGUGUGCCACUCUGCGCCAGGAACGGGCUGCGAGAUUUUUUUAUCAUUCUGCAUUGGGUUCUUUCGUGAUUUUGCUUUCAUCAGCUGCUCUGAUUAAUCCGCCAUUCCUGGGAAAUGGAGAGCGCCAAUGUUGUGGACCACCAGCACGGGCAGAAACUGGCGGUGGCCAGUGAUCCGUCGCUGGCCGAGGUCUCCGAGGAGAACCGAUUGAAGGCCGAACAGCUGAAGGACGAGGGCAACGAGCUCUUCAAGCAGGGCCACUACGAGCAGGCCGUGGAGUUGUACUCGCAAGCCAUCGACUGGAAUCCCUCCGUGGCGGCCUACUACGCCAACCGCAGUUUCGCUUAUCUGCGAUUUGAAUUGUUCGGAUCAGCGCUGGAAGAUGCUUCCAAAGCCGUCAAACUCGAUCCCAAAUACCUCAAGGGCUAUUAUCGGCGCGCGGCGGCCCAGAUGGCGUUGGGCCGUCUGAAGCAGGCCCUGAAGGACUUUGAAACGGUCGCUAAGCGCGUCCCCGGCGACAAGGACGCGGCGCUGAAGCUGUCCGAGUGCCAGAAGCUGCUGCGGCAGCGGCAGUUCGAGUGGGCCAUCCGCUGCGAGGAGAAGAACAGCAGCGCCUUCGACGGCCUCGAGCCCGAUGGCAUAGUCGUGGAAGAGUCCUACACCGGCCCGCAGCUGCUCAACGGGCAGGUAACGGCCGCCUUCAUGGAGGAGCUGCGCGCCUGCUUCCAGCAGCAGAAGAGCCUCCACCGCAAGUUCGUCGUCCAGAUCCUGACGCAGAUUCGCCAGAUCUUCCUCCGCGCGCCCAGCAUGGUGGACGUAACGGUUCCCGACAAGUGCAAGUUUACCAUUUGCGGUGACAUUCACGGGCAGUAUUACGAUUUGUGCAACAUUUUCAAGCUGAACGGAGAACCCAGCGAAGAGAAUCCCUACUUGUUUAACGGGGACUUUGUGGACCGCGGCUCCUUCUCCAUGGAGUGCAUCAUGACGCUCUUCGGCUACAAGCUCCUCUAUCCGGACCACUUCUUUCUGGCGCGCGGGAAUCACGAAACGGACAACAUGAACUCGAUCUACGGGUUCCGCGGCGAAGUGAAGGCCAAGUACAACGAGCAGGCCUACCAGCUCUUCACCGAGGUCUUCAACCUGCUGCCGCUGUCGCACCUCAUCAACCGCAAGGUGCUGGUCAUGCACGGCGGUCUCUUCAGCCAGCCCGACGUCACUCUCGAGGAUAUUCGCUCCAUUGAAAGGAACCGCCAACCUCCGGACUCUGGGUUGAUGUGCGAAAUUCUGUGGAGCGAUCCGCAGCAGCAGCUGGGUCUGCGGCCCAGCAAACGCGGCGUGGCCUUCGAGUUCGGCCCGGACGUGACGGAGAACUUCUGCAAGACCAACGACGUGGCCUACGUCGUGCGCAGUCACGAGGUGAAGCCGGAGGGCUACGAGGUGGCGCACGGCGGCCGCUGCAUCACCGUCUUCAGUGCUCCCAACUAUUGUGAUACCAUUGGCAACCUGGGCGCCCUCAUCAACAUCCGCGGCGACGACCUCACGCCCAAAUUCGUCACAUUCGCCGCCGUGCCGCACCCCAACGUGGCCGCCAUGUCCUACGCCAGCUCCAUGUUCCGGAUGCUCGGCGGAUAGGGAUAGCGCGAGCGCCUGGAGGCCCUGGAUAGUUAGCGCCGAGUGGGGCGCCAGUCGUCGAGUGUGUUAACUGUUACAGUAGCGAUGCUAGCUAAUUUAUCAGUCUCUCAAUUAUACACGUCCACUGUUAAUGCUGCCAAGAAUGUCCAGUGCCGGGGACUGGAUGGCCGGGCCGGGCCCCGUCACCCUGCUGCAGCCUGCGAUUGUUGCGUAUGUUGCAGUAUAUACGCUGGUUGAUUUGAUUUGUGAAGGGUGAGGGAUCCGAGCUGGUUUGUUGGCGUGAUCGUUGUGAUGGUGGUUGAUUCAAGUCGUGCGUUAACUGUUUCAAGACACCAACGAUGCUUACUGUACCUGGAUGGUUACAAUAAAAAGAAUGCCCAG